AUGGUAGACGUUGAUAUCGACCCGAACCGACCUCGUCGUGUCCUCGCGGUCGCCAUCUUUUGUCUCUGCCUGACCUGGAUCGCAGUACCGUUGCGCAUCUACUCGAGGCUUUUCCUGACCCGGGUCUUCACGCUCGAUGACAAGCUCAUAUGCCUGGUUCAGGUCUCAUUCACCGCGUACCUUCUCACGGAAAUAGCGGCAGUCUUGUACGGAUCUGGACGAGAUGCUGUAGAGAUUCUGCCAGAGGAUAGGAGAAUAGCUCUUCAGCUUUUCUUCGCCGGCGAAAUCCUGUAUCUGAUAACCACUCUGUUCUUGAAAGUUUGCGUUGGUGUCCUGCUGCUCAGAAUCGCCAUUAUACCGUUACACAUCUGGACGCUUCGAAUCCUUCUCUGCUCGACUCUCCUAUUCGGGUCCCUGUACUUCUUUCUCAUCAUCCUCCAGUGCAGACCGAUUCACGUAUUCUGGGACGUGGGCCCUCGGACACCAGGCAGCUGCUUCGACACGGGUGUUGUGCUAGGAAGCACCUACACCCUCGCGAUCUUGAACUGUCUUGCGGACUGGACUUUUGGUCUUUUACCAUUGUUGAUCGUCUGGUCCCUGCACAUGCGCUUGAAGACAAAGCUACUGACCAUUCUAUUACUUGGCUUUGCAUCCAUAGCAAGUAUUGCUACCAUUAUUCGUGCAGUCACCAUUCCGGGAUUGCUAAGCCAAGAGAACUUUCUUCGCGACACGGCAUAUCUAUCCAUCUGGAGCAACAUCGAGCCCGGAAUCGGCAUAACAGCAGCUUGCGCACCAGCUUUAUCGCCGCUUGUCAGACACAUUCUCGGGAAGAGGCAGCGACAGGCAUACGAAAGGGGCAUCUGGCGAACACGAGAGCUUGCAACAAUCACUAAUAACACAAUGACGCGGCCAGAACGAAGCGGGAGACCGCACGAGUUCCGGAGCGACGACUCAUCCAAGGACGUGUUACGUCUGCGAUUCGACGACUUCUCAUACGAGUCCCGGAUCUCCGGUCCACAGGCACCCACGCGGACGGCGCCGCCGCCACGGAGUCGGGCGUCGUGGGCGUACCCGCUACGACGCGGAUCCGGGGCUGGCCCGGCCAUCCGCACUGCCGACGCCACGCUCGCCACAUCGACGGUCUCAUCGGGCGGAGCAGCGGCCGAACCGCCCUCGUCGGGGAUCAUGAAGACGAUGGAGUUCCAGCUGUCGUACGAGGCGAGGAUGUGGACGAGACGGGGGCGGAUGAUUCCGCGGGACGAGAGCAUGACGCUGCGGCCUUCGACGAUUGCGGAGAUGAGGAGGGUGACGAGCGGCGAGGUGCCGCUUCUUCAUGGCGGUAGGUCACCGACUCUACAGGAAUACGAUGUCGAGGUUGGGUAUACACGGUCGUCGUUUAGGCAUUCAUCACCGCCUGCGUCGCCGUGGGAGUGGGUGGGGGAUUGUCAGUCGAGACCUGUUUCUAUGAAUGGGGCCAAAUUUACGCCUGAAGGGACUCGUACGACUACAGCAGAGGAAAGGUAA